AUGUCAAACUAUUGUAUCCGUGUAUUCCGAUCAGACGGCACCUUUGCGACGCUCAAUCUACCAUUAGACUCAUCGGUUCAGGAUCUGGUCGGCCAGAUCGUUAAGAAGUCCUAUGUUACUGAAAGUCUCGAUAACUAUCAUAUCAUCAUGAAGAAACACGAUUUAGUUCGGGUUCUAAGCUCGGCGGAACGACCGCUCUUGAUGCAAAAGAGGCUCCUUCAACAGGUUGGGUACGAAGAACGUGACCGGAUCGAGGAUAUUGGUCGAGAAGACAACAGUUACCUAUGCCGCUUCCUAUUUCUCUCCGCUCGAGAAAGCGAUUUCCACGCUCUCAGCCAUGACCUUGGUCUUGAACGGAUGCAGAAGUUCAACCAUGUCGAUCUUUCCGGACGAAACCUUGUUACGAUUCCUAUCUCACUAUAUAUCAAAGCCCCAGAGAUUAUUUCUCUGAACUUAUCUCGAAACCUCUCCUUGGACCUCCCCCGGGAUUUCAUCCAGUCAUGUCGAAAUUUGCGCGACAUCAAAUACAACAAUAACGAGGCGCGCAGACUUCCUCCCAGUUUGAGCAGAGCAAAUAAGCUCACAUAUCUGGAUGUGUCCAACAACCGUCUGGAGCAGCUGGAACAUGCCGAGUUGAGUGGACUGACUGGUCUAUUAAAGCUCAACUUGGCAAACAAUCGCCUAAAGCACCUACCUCCUUAUUUUGGUGCAUACAGGUCGCUGAGGACACUGACCAUUUCCUCUAACUUUCUCGAGAAGUUCCCGGUCUUCUUGUGCGAUCUUGACAGCUUAGUGGAUCUCGAUGUUAGCUUCAAUUUGAUUAUGAGCUUUCCUGAGUCAAUCGGGAAUCUGCGAGCGCUGGAGAAGUUUGUGAUCACUAACAAUAGGCUUACUGGUGCUCUGCCGGAGUCGUUCAAGAAUCUCACAAGUCUUCGUGAGCUGGAUGUUAAAUACAACGCUAUCUCUGGUAUCGACGUGAUCUCGGAACUGCCAAAGCUGGAGAUUCUGACAGCCGACCAUAAUGCAAUUUCGCAAUUCGUUGGAAGUUUCGAGAGGUUACGAAGUCUCAAACUCAACCAGAAUCCGAUAACGAGAUUCGAUAUUGUUUCCCCCGUCCCGACAUUGAAGAAUUUGAAUUUGUCUAGUGCUCAAUUGGCAAGCAUUGACGAGUCCUUCAAUAAUAUGCUGAACCUUGAAAGACUGGUCUUAGACAAGAACUAUUUCGUGUCUUUGCCGCCUCAAAUUGCCUCCAGGAAGGACUCCAGCCUCUCUGCGCGUUUGACAAACACCUUUGCGGGCUCCUUGAGGAAUAUCUACCUUGCAGACAACCAACUUGACGAUGAUGUUUUCGAUCAAAUUACCCUGCUAGGCGAGCUUCGCGUUCUCAAUUUAUCGUACAACGAUAUUAGCGAUAUGCCUCAACGAUCAAUCAAGAAUUGGCCUCAGCUGGUUGAAUUAUAUCUCUCCGGAAACGAGCUCACAACUUUGCCCGCUGAUGACUUGGAGGAAUACAGUCUUCUCCAAGUCCUUCAUAUCAACAGUAACAAGUUCACCAAUCUUCCGGCCGACAUCUCAAGAGCAAAGAAACUCGCUGUCCUGGAUUGUGGAAGCAACUACCUGAAGUACAACAUCUCCAAUGUACCAUACGAUUGGAAUUGGAACUUGAAUCCCAACCUGAGGUUCCUCAAUCUGUCAGGAAACAGGCGACUAGAAAUCAAACAAACAGUGUUUGGUGCCGGUGCUGCAAAUCGCGAGCAGUAUACUGACUUUAACCGCUUGCUAAACUUGCGUGUCCUUGGUUUGAUGGAUGUCACGCUUACUCAACCAAGUAUUCCGGAUCAGAGUGAAGAUCGCCGUGUACGAACGUCAGGCUCAUUGGCUGGCCAUCUACCAUAUGGAAUGGCGGACACCCUUGGCAAGAAUGAGCAUCUAUCGACAAUAGAUCUUGUGGUGCCUCGCUUCAACUCUUCUGAGACUGAAACACUACUCGGCUUGUUCGACGGUCAGGCACUCUCCAGUGGUGGCUCCAAGAUAGCCAAGUAUCUUCACGAGAACUUUGGCCAUAUAUUUACGAUGGAGCUCAAAGCGUUGAAGAUACGUCAGAAUGAGACCCCCGAGGAUGCCUUGCGACGGGCGUUUCUAUCCCUGAACAAGGAUCUAGUAACAAUUGCGAUCCAGCACACCGAAGAACGACCUUUGGUGUCUCAUCGUGGUUCUGCACAACCGGUCGUGCUGAGUAAGGAGGAUCUCAAUUCCGGUGGUGUGGCUACUGUUGUCUACUUGCAGGGUCAAGAACUUUACGUCGCCAAUGUUGGAGACGCGCAAGCUAUGAUCAUUCAGACCGAUAGCAGCCACAGGAUUUUGACUCGCAAACAUGAUCCAGCUGAGCCUAAUGAGCGUGCUCGCAUACGAGAAGCUGGUGGUUGGGUAUCACGUAACGGCAGACUCAACGAUCUUCUCGAAGUCUCGAGAGCAUUUGGCUAUGUUGACCUCAUGCCAGCCGUGCAGGCUGCACCCUACGUCAGUCAUGUCACUGUCAAGGAGCAGGAUGAGACCAUCCUCAUUGCAACCAAGGAGCUCUGGGAGUAUUUGUCUCCUGGCUUGGUUGUUGACAUCGCCCGCUCCGAGCGUGGUGAUCUCAUGCGAGCUUCACAAAAACUGCGAGAUAUCGCCAUGGCUUAUGGCGCCAGUGGAAAGAUCAUGGUUAUGAUGAUGAGUGUUGCGGAUCUGAAGAGAAGGAAUGAGCGCUCAAGACUGCAUCGUGGCCAAAGCUUGUCGCUGUAUCCAUCUGGCGUUCCAGACGAGAUCCUGCCUCAAAGAAGGGCGAGAAAGCCCAAGGGUGAAGUUUUGGAUUCUACUCUCCAGCGUCUUGAAGCCGAAGUCCCUGCUCCAACGGGUAUGAUUGCGAUUGUGUUCACGGACAUCAAGAGCUCGACGAAUUUGUGGGAGACGUAUCCUUCAGCUAUGCGAUCUGCCAUAAAGCUCCACAACGAAGUCAUGCGCCGACAGCUACGGCGCAUUGGAGGUUUUGAAGUCAAGACUGAAGGCGAUGCCUUUAUGGUGUCCUUCCCCACAGCAACGUCCGCAUUACUCUGGUCGUUCGCUGUCCAGAUGAGCUUACUUGAGGUCAACUGGCCACCAGAGAUGCUCAACUCUGUCUCAUGUCAACCAACAUACGACAAAGACAACAACCUGAUAUUCAAGGGUCUCUCGGUUAGAAUGGGCAUACAUUGGGGCGAGCCUCUUUGUGAGCCAGAUCCUAUCACUCGUCGUAUGGAUUACUAUGGUCCUAUGGUCAACAAGGCGUCUCGUAUCUCGGCCGUUGCAGACGGUGGCCAGAUUACGGUCUCUUCAGAUUUUAUUUCCGAGAUCCAGCGCUCUCUUGAGACCUACCAAGAAGCUGCUCCUGGUGCAGACGAAAGCUUCGAAGAUGAGUUUGCACAAUCAAUCCGAAAAGAGUUGCGCUCUUUGAGCUCACAAGGUUUCGAAGUCAAGGAGAUGGGUGAGAGGAAGCUGAAGGGUCUUGAAAAUCCCGAGGUUGUCUACUCAUUGUAUCCUCAUGCGCUGGCAGGCCGUAUGGAACCCCAUCAAUCUCAUGACAGGCAGGUUGAGAUCGUGGACAAGCCAGCUUCUCUUCCUGCUGGCAGCGAGCUCACAUUUGACCCUGAGAUUAUCUGGGCAUUAUGGCGGGUCAGUCUCCGGCUUGAGAUGCUCUGCAGCACACUUGAAGAGAUGUCAGGGCACGGCCUUCAGCCCCCCGAGACAGAAUUGCUGGAACGCAUGAAGCAACGCGGCGGCGAAGUGACUGAGCGAUUUCUCAUGAACUUCAUGGAACACCAAGUGAGCCGUAUCGAGACAUGCAUUUCUACUCUCACGAUUCGUCAUCUCGCGGUUGGGGGAGGCCCUAUCCGACAGCUGAGCGACCUGCGGGCACCAAUGUCAUCUGUCCUAGACUCUGUGGCAGAGCAGCUCGCAGAACUUCAGCGCUACAAGGCCAUGUUUGGCGCACUCAAUGCCGAGGCCAGCGAUACUGAACAAGAAUGA